GAAAAAUACUGCUUGUAUUAUAAACAAGCUAUUCAGUUUGCUGUAGCGUGCAAUAGAUUGUGGUAUUGAUGAAUGCUGAAGAUGGUCUCCUGUAGCAGUUAAAAUGGCAAUUUUGGAGUUCGAUGAAUCCCCUUGAUGUGUUCUAACAUUACUGGAAAGUAGAUUGAACAAAAAAAUGUUUGUUCCCAAAUUAGGAAGAGAGAAAUGUAAUCAAACAGCCUUUUGUUAUAGACUACUGAUCUUGGGUCAACAGAAGGAAAUAAACAUAUGAAGUGGCCUAAGUCAAUUUCUACUUUUCCAUCACAUUAUGCCAGGUAUGGAAUUUUUAUCUUCUAUCAUAACUGUAGUUUACAAAAUUGUCAUGUUUUUAGCAUAAGCACCAAGUUUGGCUUCAAGAAUUAAAAGCUAAAAGUCAUUUAGAAAACUGUCCUUUAUUCACUGGGUGAGAAUUUGAUAAUUAUACAUGAAUGAACUGAUUCAGAUGACAAUGGACAGUUCAGUGACAACCCUCACCCAGUAAUAACUGUUCUGUGUUUCCAAUUACAAUGUCGAUGUGAAAGAUCAUUAGAGUAUAGCCUCAACUUGUUUUGUACUUUCCAUUCUUGUUAAUGUCUGAAGUUCUUGAUAGGAAAGUCAGUGACUGCUAUUAGUUACCAUAACAGAAUCACCUUUGAUGGGUUUUCCAGUCCACAGUUACCAUAAACAACCAUAACCAACCCUUUGUGUGUUGGAUUUGUAAAAGUUGCUGUUCUUGGAAGUGAUUUCUGCUUAUAAAUGGCAGCAGCCCAAUGGUUUUUUCACUAUAAACCCUCGUCUCUCAGUGUGUUUUCAUUUCAAACAAGUCUAUAUAAGGAGAGAGGGAGUCAGAUCAGAUUCAAGAAAAGACAUGGUAGGAAGUUCAAACUCAAACAAAAAUAUAAUUAGAAGCAGAUGCAGCAGCGACAGGAAGUCCGCAAGAUUCAGAGGGGUGCAUCCACUGAACAAUCGUAAAUGGGGUGCACGGAUAUCCAUCAAGUACAAGGCAUACUGGCUUGGAACAUACCAAAUGGAGGAGGAAGCAGCAAUUGCUUAUGACAGAGCAGCCCUCAAGUUGCAAAGAAAUGAGUCUCCCCUCAACUUCCCCUGGAAAAUCUACACAACUCAGGAGAAAUUAUUCCAGAGUUGGUACUCAAUUCAGGAGAUCCUGACUAUGAUUAGGGAUAAAACAUAUUCAUCUACCUUUACCAGUUUCCUUGCUCGGCAAUCCCUUGCAAGUAGAAGUAUAGCUGGCGGCCAAAUAAAUGCAAAGGGAACCUCAUACCAGUUGUUAUUUCAUAAGAAACUGACACAGACAGAUGUUAUUCACAUCAAGGGGUUUCACAUCCCAAGGGAUUACGCGUUGCAGUACUUGCCCUCACUUGGGAACAGUUCAGAUGGAGGUCAAAUGGGCAGUGGCUCGAUUGAUUUAACUUUCUACGACAAAUAUUGUCGUUCCUGGAGUUUCCGAUAUUCAUAUUGUAGUAGUACCAAGACCUUUUUGUUCACAAGAGGCUGGAGAUCCUUUGUUGCAAUGAAUAACUUGAAUCCGGGAGACACCAUCAUGUUUUAUGGAUGUGAACACGUAGAGGCAGGACAAAAGAGAAAGUCUUACAUGUUAGAUGUACAUCGAAAUGUUGCAGAAAGUUACAUUGUUGGCAGGUAUGCAGAAGAAGGAAUUGGUGCAUAUGUUGAUGGCAUUAGAGGAGUGGAGAAAAAUAAUGGGGUUAAGCUUUUUGGAGUCAAAAUAGGUUAAAAUCUACAAAAACAAAUAUCAUCAAUCCCUUUGGUCUCAUGGUAUUCUUGUUCCUUUACUUUUUUCAAGUACUUGGUUGGAUUAAUUGCUUUUCUUAUGAUUGCAUUUGAUAUAUGCAAACUACUACAUUUUUUUCAGAGUUCUAAUGCGAUGGAACCCCUUCUUACAAUGCAUUUAAAGGGAGUCUAAGUAUAUGAACAUAGGGAUUAAUUUUGAAGUUUG